GACGCGGCCUCGCGCUCGAUCCCGCGCCUGCCGGCGUGGGCCACCAGCAGCGGGGCGCGGCGGCUCGCCCUGAGCCCAGAGCAGCGGUCGUACAAGGAGCUGCUCGCGGCCGCCGACCGGGAGGGCUCUCUGCCCCAGGAGGUGCUGACCACCAUCGCCAACGACGUGCCCCGCACCUUCUUCCCGGGCCUGGCGCCGCCGAGCACCGGCGAGGCGCUGGCCCUCGAGAGGCUGCUGCGCGCCCUCGCCGUGUGGGACCCCGAGGUGGCCUACUGCCAGGGCAUCAACUUCCUCGCCGCCUUCGCGCUCGCGGCCGCGAA